GUGGUGGGGCCGUGACGCGUCCCCCCGGCCCGCGGCUGCUCCGCGGCGCGCCCGGGGCCGCCAUGGCUGCGGGGGACGUGGAGUCCUCGCUGGAGCUGAGCCUGACGGGCUCCGGGGCGCUCUCCGGCGCGCUGCCCCCCGCCCGCUCGCGCAUCUUCAAGAUCAUCGUCAUCGGGGACUCCAACGUGGGCAAGACGUGCCUCACCUACCGCUUCUGCGCCGGCCGCUUCCCGCAGCGCACCGAGGCCACCAUCGGCGUGGACUUCCGCGAGAGGGCCGUCACCAUCGACGGCGAGCGCAUCAAGAUACAGCUAUGGGAUACGGCAGGCCAGGAGCGCUUCAGGAAGAGCAUGGUGCAGCACUACUACAGGAAUGUCCAUGCUGUGGUGUUUGUGUACGAUAUGACAAACAUUGCCAGUUUCCACAGCCUGCCAUCAUGGAUAGAGGAAUGCAAACAGCACCUUCUUGCCAAUGAUAUACCACGGAUUCUGGUUGGAAAUAAAUGUGACCUGAGAAGCGCUAUUCAGGUGCCCACGGACCUGGCCCAGAAGUUUGCUGACACUCACAGCAUGCCAUUGUUUGAAACCUCUGCCAAGAACCCCAAUGACAAUGACCAUGUGGAGGCCAUAUUCAUGACACUGGCUCACAAGCUUAAAAGUCACAAGCCAUUAAUGCUUAGUCAACCCCCAGAUCAUGAUGAAAUACAUAUAAAGCCUGAACCAAAACCUAUCACAUCCUGCUGGUGUUAGGUCACAUUGUCACUGGUUAUCACCUUGUCUUGUUUGCAAGUGCUUCAAAAUUAUGGUCUUUGGCAAAGUUACAGGUUUUGGUAGCAACUAUAGCAAAUCUCUUUGGCACUUUAAUGUGUUUUUUAUUUUAAUUUUUCCUGGCGUAGAUGUGCCCAUCUUAUGCUCUUGCACUUUGUAAUUGUACUUUCUGAAUACUAAAGUUUCACUAUAAAUACAUGGGAACAUACUCACUUUGUCAAGUUCUGACAAAGCAAUCCUAGUUGAGCUCUUGCUGCCUGAGGUUGUUCUCAUCACUUGUGGUAACAUUAUAACUAGUGUGCCAGUUUACUAAUACUUUUGGUUGCUACUUGUGUUGGAAUAAUGUAGGAGAAAGAGCCUUUUGUGACAACCAGGGAACUUGGGUUUUGGGUCAGCAAGUGAGGAGAUGUUUUGGCAUAUGAAGGAAUAUUAGGUGGCUACUAGGAAAUUAGAAAGCAGGUACCUUUUUAUUAUAACAGCAAAAAAAACAGCCCUGUCAAAGUUUGGAUUGCCAGUGUCGGUGCAAAUUGCUAGGUUUUGGCCUGUCCUUCCACUAUGAACUUGGUCUGUUUCUUCAUGGCAGUGGUAAUGAAAUUAACUAACAUCUCCCUACCUCUAGACAGUAAUUUGAUACUUAAAGCUUCAUCAAUUUUUCAUAAUUAGCAUGUCAUACCAAACUAUGUUAUGUUAGCCAAUAUUGUGGAAAGUACUGUAGCGCAGGAUUUGGGGUAAAAUUGGGACUCCACCUGUCCAAAAGUUCUCUGAUCUUACUAAAAUUAUAUAUUUCUGAAGGUGCUGUAUUUGAGUAGAAUGUCUCAGGGUAAGUAAAAACAGUUGAGUAAGUAAAAGAUUGGGUGAAUUUGGCAAAAGCAUACUGCUUUUCAAAGAUGGGAUUUGCAGGGCUUUAAGAGAUCGUGAGUGGUUCUCAGAUGUCUUGAAAAGCCAACUUGAUAACAUAUUUCAGGAAUGGGAAUGCAUAGGAAUAUGGUACAUUCUUAAAAUAUUUCCAAACACAGACUAAAUUGGGUCUUGAAAUACGGAGUAAAUCUACCAACUACAUCAUCAGUUACAGAUUUUUGAAGGAAAACCUGCAUGUAUAAUGUUGUGACUGUAUGUAGGGCUUCCUUGGCAUUACUAAUGUGAGCUAGUAGGGGUUAGAUGAGGGAAAAAAUUCCUCUUGGACCACCUUUUUCUGUGUUCUCAUAGUUGCAACUGCUUUUUUUCAGUCCUAUCUGAAGAUCAAGUUUCAUAAUAAAAAUGGUGCUAAGUUGCACAUAGUUGCAUAAAGUGAAAUGUAAGCCAUAGAAUGCUAUCUAUGACUUCAUUCACGUGCCAUGUCAAACAAUGUUUUGUGACUUAGUUUUUGAAGUAUAAAUGAAGAUUUUUUUUUUUUAAUUGGCAAUGUGUAGCAUGUGUUGCUUACUGGAAACUCAAUGGAAGGGCUAGUUCAGAAGCUGCCACCCUAAUGAUCACAUUAGAAACAAAUUACUGAAACAAGAUACCUGUUAUUAUGUAAACUAUUACAAUUCCUAAGAUGUAAUUUCAUUGCAAUUUAUACAGAAAAAAAUACAUUGACUUUUUUCUAGAUUUUGGAAGAGCAUUUAAUUUGGUCUUAUAUGGUUAAGAUGUUUAAAAAGAAUUUAAACAAAAGGUAGUACUUUUUCCUGUAUAAAGCUGCUUUAAUUGUGACAGUAUUCUUCCUUAGGAAACAUUUGUAAAAGGAAGCUUUUGUAUUCACUCUGAACCUUAUAUUACUAGCAUUUACAGUUGUUUCAGAAACAAUCACCUUUUUAACACUAGUGUCCUUAAUGAUUUCCUUAAGAAAAUGAUUGAUCUUAAAUUGAUGUUUAUACUAUGGUAAGUAAAUAUGGUUUACAGUCCUGUUGGACAAAUUGUUUUUCACUCAUGUCCUUAAUCCUUUUUCUGAGAAGGAUCCUUCUUAAUUAUUUUUUGUAUACUAAAUAUAAUUAUUUGUAUACUGAAUAUGUCAGCAAGUUUUUGUGAGUUUUUUGGUUUUGUUUUGUUGAUUUGGGUUUUUGUUUGUUUUAUUUGUUUGUUUGUUUUUAAUAAAAAUAUCCCAGAAUUAAGAAUUUUAAAGUCAGGUUGGGGGUUGGGGUAAGAAAAUCAUGUAACUGCAGUGUUACUGUUAAAUUUGAUCUGAAACACCUGCACAUCUGUUAAGUUUUAUUUGAGUUACCACAACUUGUAAAUAAGGGCCCUCAUGUCAUGAAAAUUGUGUGCAAAUGGUGUUCAAGUGUGUAAUUCCAUGUUCAGCACAAAGCAUGUUCUAAUGGUUCUGCCAUGGAGGCAGUGUGGUCAGUAAUGCAGGAUUCAGUGUUGCUCCCUGGCUUUCAGUGGUGAUGUUCUGCCCACAGGAUGGAUAUCAGAGUACUGAAUACUUUGUGUAUUUUCACUUUACCAGACUGUAAAGUUGUGUUCUUUUGUAUGUGUUGGGGGCAGGCAAGGCACAGUCCCAGAAAACUAAUAAACGGGCUUUGCCACAAACUGUCA